GCAAAAACCCAAAACUACCGCCCCUUCGCUCUUCUUCGCGCCUCGCUGCUGCUGCUUCUUCUUCUUCAUAACCCGCACAAACCACACCUGAAAUCCAAUUGGCUUCUGUUGAAGUCAAAACUGGUGCUGAUCGAGUGACCCAAGGAGGUGGUAAUCGCCCAUUUAUGGUGGUCUUCUCGAAUGUUUUCGUUUUGGGGUCUUGUCUUCCCUCUUUCUGUUGCGCGCAAGCUGUUUGAUGUCUGUCUUGACUGAGAGGCAUUUGUUUUUUCUUGCGCUUGUUUCUUGGACUUGGAGCAAAGCAUUAGCAUCUUGAGAUGACCCGUCUUCAAUUCGUUUUUGAAUCCGUAGCUUCCUCGAAUGAAUGGAGCGCGACAAGGCAGUGUGGAUGCAUUGUCACCUCCCUAGUGCGUUUGCCUACCCUGAGACGAAAUUGGAGUCUUGGCGAGGUUUUAUUUAACUGUUUGCAGCGGAGAUUCAUGACCACCAGCAAGAGAGUGCAAGAUAGGAGCAAAAACAAGAGGGUCCAUCAUCUCGAAAUCGCCACCGAGAAGCAUAAAGUGGUGUCUAAGGUGUUGGUUUUGAUGGAAAUGUUGAAGAAGGAACCGGAAAUGAUAAUCCCCGUUAGGUCGGUGGAUCGAUACCGGCAACAAAUUAACUUGCCCAAGCCACACAGUAUAGUGGAUUUUAUUCGGAAGUCGCCGAAACUAUUUGAGUUGUAUAAGGAUCAGAAGGGCGUAUUGUGGUGUGGAAUGACUAAAGAAGGUGAGGACUUGUUAGAGGAAGAGGAGAGAUUGAUUAGGGAACACUCAGGCAUGGCUGCUGAAUACGUGACUAGGAUGUUGAUGAUGUCGGUAGAUAAACGGCUUCCACUGGACAAAAUUGCGCAUUUCAGGAGAGAGUUUGGUUUGCCAGCCGAUUUUAGGAGCAAGUGGGUACACGAGUACCCACAGCACUUCAAAGUGGUUAAAUCUCCAGAUGAAGUUGAUUAUCUCGAGCUCGUAGAGUGGAAUCCUGCUUGGGCUAUCACAGAGUUGGAGAAAUCCGUAUUGGGGGGAUCAGAGUCUGUCUCUCGUACUCCAGGGUUGCUUUCCCUAUCUUUCCCCUUGAAGUUUCCUGCCGGUUACAAAAAGGUGUAUAGAUAUGGAGGGAAGAUUGAGCACUUUCAGAAAAGGUCUUACUUAUCUCCUUAUGCUGAUGCACGUGGCCUACAAGCUGGAUCAAAAGAAUUCGAUAAGAGGGCCGUUGCGGUGAUGCAUGAGCUACUUAGCUUCACAAUGGAAAAGAGGUUGGUAACAGAUCACCUCACCCACUUUCGACGAGAAUUCAUGAUGCCUCAGAAGCUGAUGAGACUCCUGCUGAAGCAUUUGGGCAUUUUCUACGUCUCUGAGAGGGGGAAGAGGUUCAGCGUGUUCUUGACAGGAGCUUAUGAAGGUGUGGAGCUGAUUCAGAAAUGUCCACUGGUUAUUUGGAAGGAAAAGGUCCUAAGCCUUAUUGGUUAUAGAGGGAGGAAGAAAAAGAUAGAAACUUUUACAGACUUAUCGGAUAUGGAAGAUAAUGGUGUGCUUGAGGGCGGCUCUGAGGAUGAAGGGAUCCCUAUGCAGCUUGAUCAAGGAGAAUCCAUCAGUGAAUUGAAGGAUAUUGCAAUGGGGGACAGCCCCUUCAUGGAUAUAAGUGAAAUUGACAAUGUAUACAGGCCUGAUGAUUCAUUCUAAGGUCAUAUGUCCUUGUUUGAGCUAUCAAGAUAACUUGCUUUUUCAGUCUCCUCACAAGUUCAAAGUUUAAGUAUUUGCUGUAUAUACUUAAUUACACAUACUCGCAUUUACAUCUAUGAAGGAAACCAAUAACGGACCGAUGCAGCUCAUUCCUCAUAAGUCCUAAGUAUUGCCUCUUGAAGUCCUGAACUGAAUGAUUCAGAAAAAGAAUAUGUGCGGAUGAUGCUUUUGGCAA